GUGCAAAUCUAGUGCAAUCAAAAAAGGACAUAUAUUAUGAGUGGAGUAGGACGUAAAGAACAACUUGAGAAUUGAUACUGUGUUUUUACUGAGGUUACCUCGCAUUCUCCGCAUAAAGUUGUUCUGCGUCUGUUAGGUAUCGUCAGAAUGUCCAGAAGAAACACCGAGGACGAAUAUAGAAAAGGAAAUGACUAUUGCAAUAAACAUAAUCCGCUUAAAGACUUCCAGUUAAAAAAAAACAGCUUUGUUUAACUUGAUCUGAACUUUGCCAGUGUUUGACGUUGUCAGGGUCAAGUAUGUACAGAGCCGAGGACAGGAGGGGAGAUGACAGGGAUAGGGAUCGUUCACCUCUCAGAUCUGAAAAACAAUGUGAAUCUGAUACAAAAAAACAGAAGUUAACAUUUGGUUUUGGAAAAAAAGCUGGUGGUGAGCAGAAAAAAGGAAUCCAGAUCAAAAUAGGUUCUACCUCCAAACCAAUGACAAAAGGAACAGUGAUACAAAAGCCAACAGUAGCAUCUGUAUUUAAUGCGGAUGAAGAAGAAGAACCAGAAGAGAUGCCGGCUGAAGCAAGAAUGAGAAUGCGAAAUAUUGGCCGCGAAACUCCAACAUCAGCCGGACCAAAUUCAUUUGGCAAGACAAAACAAGGUUUCUGCGACUCAAAAAAAAUAUUCGAGAAAACGUUGAAGAAAGCAAUGGAAGAAGCAAAUAAAUGAUUUUCCAUAUUCAGAAAUUAUUUUAUAAUUGUACAUUAAUGUUAUGUAAUUAUACUAGAAGAUUGUUUUUGCUGUAUUUUUAUGAAUUACAAUUCUUUUUCUGUGACA